AUGAGUUGCGUAUAUCCUGACUGGGACGUUUAUCAGAUGUUCCUUAUCGACGACUUUCAAGUUGCACUCGCUGCUGAUGGUUCAGGCCAAGCAAAUCCAAUGACGCAUUACGUGCAAACUCCAUCCGAGAUCUCUGCACGUUACGAUGAUAUUUCGUAUUCGAAAGCAGCCUCGGUACUGUAUAUGUGGCAGUGUGUGCUGACCGACGAAGUGUUCCGCCAAGGACUAAAUCUUUAUUUGACUACAAAUCAGUAUACUGCUGCUGAUGAGUCGCAGCUCUUCGAAGCUCUUAGUAAUGCUGCUGAUGCCCAAAACGUAUCACUUCCUGCGACUAUGGCGGCUAUGUUCUCAAGCUGGUCUCAACAAUCAGGUUACCCUCUACUCACCGUUACACGUAAUUACAACAAUAACACAUUCACCAUAACCCAAGAUGCUUUCUUCCCAAACAAAAAUCAAACAUCUGACAAAACUUGGUACAUCCCCUUGAAUUAUGCCCACAAAUCAAAUCCAGACUACCGUAACACCACCGCAUCGCAUUUUAUGCUCAAAACGAAAGAAAUCGAAAUCAGCGAUAAUAGUCUAGCAGCUGAUGAUUGGUUGAUUCUCAAUAAACAAUCGACCGGUUUCUAUCGCAUCAAUUACGAUGAACAAAACUGGAAUCUUAUCAUUGAUGAGCUGAAAUCACGACCAUACAAAUUCCAUUCACGCAAUCGAGCUCAACUAAUUUACGACCUCUACCAGUACACUUCUACAGAUCGCAUCGACUACAGCAUGCUAUUUAAUUUGCUUGAAUAUUUGCCGAACGAGGAUCAGUACGCACCUUGGGCUACGAGCUACUCUGUAAUUCUUACAUUGAAAGUGUAUCUGAAUAGUGAUACGGAAUACAACAAUUUCUUACUCUACGUAGCCUCAUUGGUGACAGGACAUUUUGAGAAGUUAGGCCUGAAUGAUGUAUCUGGAGCACAGCGUCUUACCGUGCUAGUACGUAACCUCGUCAUUGAACUCGCUUGCUUGUCAGGAGUUGAGAGCUGUCUGACGGAGACGAAAAACAAAUUAAAGGAAAUAGUGGACAAUGGUAUCACCAUCGAACCAAGCUUACGAUGGAAUGUGUACUGUUACGGCAUACGUCAGUCCGGUGAUACUGAAUUCGAUUUUGUCUAUAACCAAAUAUUGCAAUCCAGUGAUCAAGCGUUUCGUGACUCAUUCACCUCUACAUUGGGUUGUUCGCAAACCGAGUCUCAACUACAAAAAUUUGUGAGUAGCUCAAUCAAUAUGUCUGUUGAAUGGCGAUCACAAGAGCGCAUCACCUUACUCGGUGCAGUGUAUUCGAGCAGCAGUGUUGGACUCUUAGUGUGUAUUGAAUUUCUCAACGAAAAUUGGGAGGCAUACAGUAAUUUAAAUCCGGAAUUCACCGGAGUUAACCCACUUUAUCAAGCAAUGGUUGACAUGUCCACCUACAUAUUUAACAAUGAGCAAGAAACCAAAUAUUUGGCGUUACUGGAUAAGGUAAAGGGCAGCGAUAAGCUGCCAAACGAUUUGGAGACUGUCGCCAAAGCAAAUAUUCAAUCUAAUUUUGACUGGUUGAACGAAAAUCGUGAUCCGAUUAUGUUGUGGAUGAAAAAGUUCGCCGAGGGUGGCAGUGCUGCACUCUAAAGCGAAUGGUUGCUGAGAUAUCGGUAGUAAUAAUCGGAAUAUAUAAGUACAUAGUAAAUGA